AUGGAUAUUGAAGAGGCUGACGAAGGUGAUAUUAUUGAAUCAUCGCAAAUUCCCAACCUGCGUGAAAAUGUGCGUAAACGGAGAAUAUUUUACGGGCAACCACCUAAGGCUGAGAAAAUAGCCUGUACGAAGCGCAAAAAAAUUAACAAAAAGAGGCAGCAAAACAAUGCGACCGUUUCACAGUGUAUGCAGCGGGAGUGGAAAAGUCCACGUGGUAGCAAGCGUCCCGAUCAGAUUAAACCUGCCGAAGGCGCGGAGGAGUUUAUCAAAUUCACUACCCAGCAGGACGAGGGACAAUCCAUCGGCUACUGUCCUUCGGUGAGUUUGUUCGAAAAACAAAAGGAUAUUGUCCAACGUUACAUGUUUAGCGAGACAAUCGAAGCGCAACAAGAGGAAAUGUUGGAGCAAGUAUUGGAAGGAUUUCGCACAAGUUACGAGCAAGCGACGGCAAGGAUCGUGGAUAGUUCACCGGUACCGACUGCGAUGAUAAAUAUGUCACCUAAGGUGGUUGAAGAUGGUCAUCGCUUGGAACCCAAUACACUCCCGAUAGAUAUGGAGAUUUGUAGUGAACCUCCUGCUCUAUUUAGUCAAUUACCUAGUAAAGCAAUUGUCGAAAGACAUGUACCACCAGAAUCUGCUCAACUGGAACCCAUCAUCAACAUUAUAGAAAUGGAACCUGUUAUGCAUCUUACUGCAUUACCAAAGGAACGUAAGGUUGAAAGACAUAAACCACCGGUGCCUGCUGAAGAACCCACUCGAGGGCAUUUUUUCUGUAACGUCGGUGUUCAGCACUGUCCCGUGGGUUCGUUCGACAUGACGAACUACAAUAUUAUGAUGCUUGCGCGCCUAGUUGGUAUCAACCCGAACAGCCUUUACACUAAAAUACGGCAAAUGAUACGCGCUUCCGAUACGCGGAUGCUUUGGCAGCCUCGCAAUUUAUCGCAAGUGUUCACCGAGAAUGAUCCGUACUACGCUAAUCUCGAUUAUUUCAUGAGCCCUCGGCUGUAA